UGUAAUCCAACUGCACAAAUGACGUCCACAUUUCAUUCAUGACAGAGGAUAGGAAAGCCGUACUCAUGGUGCCGAAUGGAAUUAUUAUUGUAGGCGUAUUUUUUGGAGGAGCCUUUUUAAUUCAAAAAGGAAUUUUUGGAACUAUCAUCAAUUCCGAUGCACUAUCCGACGGGACUUGUCACUCGGAGAAACUGGGAAUUGAGAUUUUAAUGAAGUGUAAUAUGAAAAGCCUCAAAAUCACCAUCGUUUCAGAUGUUUUAGCUGACUGCAUAUUUAUCGGUAAUGGCAGAUUAUUAUGCCACACAGCAGACUCUGUGCAGUAUUAUCACGACAACAACAGUGGAAUUUUGACCUUUACUACACCAUUUAACCACACAAUCCAUGCUGGUUAUCCGCUUUGGGUAAACACUACCUGUCAUAAUAUUAGUGUACAUGAGAAGAUUCUUCUUAGGCCUUGUCUUUCUGGGUUUCGAACAAUGGCGUACCAUAACAACACGCACGUUAAUAUUUCAUGUGAGCAUGCGUCCUUCAGGUUCUCCCGUAAGGGUAUACGCAUUGUGGGCAAAGAAGAUUUGGCACACUGCAGAUGGCACAAAGAAAAUCAAACGAACCAUUGCUACGAUGAUGCUGAAGCUCUUGCCAAUGGGGCAAAGUAUACUACACCAUAUACAAAGGGAAUGAACAUCACAUGUAAAUUCGACGAGCAGUCAUUAAAGAUUACUCCUCAACAACAAACAACAAUUAAAACAACAAACAUGACGAUCAGGACCACCAAAAAACCAUCGGCUUUCCUGUCAUCACAAAGCAAAAACAAUGGACAAACAACGGCGACCUGCUCUGUUAUAUUCAUCUCUAGUUUGUGUAUCUUCUAUUUCAUCCCUAGAGACAUUUUUAUUUGAAAAUGGAACAAACCAAGGAGUUUCAUAUAUCCCUCGUGAUAUCCGUGUCUAGAACUCAUCGUCUGCUAAAAAUUAAUCGAUAAUCCCUUGCAUAACAGCCAGAUGAUGGGGAAAAACUCAAACUUUUCUAAUCAUUGAGUUACUGUGCUUUAGAGACAUUUCUUUUUUUCAGUUGCAUCUUGGAGGCGAUGGUAUGACACGAUUUUAAACUUUGUGCCACUGAGAUUGAGAGAAGUCAGUUUUUCAAUCGGUAAUCCUUGGCUGACUCCGCUACGCUCCACAUAAACCUCGGAUGCGAUUGGUGGAGGAAUUUGCAUCAGAUCGCUGAAUUUCUCCGCCGGAAGUACCUUUAAAUUCAUUUUGUAUUUCGCAUUGCACAAGUUAACCAAAACAUCUCUCUUGUUAAUAAUGUAGGAGUAAUUGAAAGCAGAAUGCCACAAAGUAAAUCGGAAUUCAAAGGAAGAAUAUUAAGAGAAAUUUCGGAUUUGAUCAAAUGAUUGUAGAAGUAAAACGGUUGAACAUCGUUCAAGUCCGAGGCAAGUGUGCGGGGUCCGAGGGACGCAAGGAACCCCGAGUGAUCAGUUUUUAGCUGAUUCGGAAAUAAGAAAGCAAUAACUGUAAAAAUGUAACAAUGAGUGCAAUUUAUUUUAAUGACAUUAUUAGAGAUUACAAUAUGCGAGUCAGAGAGUUUUACUUUUUAAAAUUUCUACCAAUAAUUGGACAACAGCAUAUUAAGUGCUUUUGUGCUAAGUUAUGUGAUCAUUCGAUGGGUUGGAAAGCAUUUCCUUCUACUUUUCUACUGUAUGAAUUUUCGUAAAUCUGAAUAAAGAUAUUGUUUCUUUGUAUUUUUAGAAGUUUAUGAUCACUAUAUGAUUACAUGAAGUUCUAAAAUACACAAAGAAUGCAUAUAAAAGGACAUUGCAAAAUCAGUUUAACUUUAAAGACAGAC